AUGAAUGCCACAGUGGAAGCGCUUGCUUUCUUCCUGGGCUUUCUGGGCUGGUUGAUGGUCGGAGUCGCCCUCCCGAAUCGAUACUGGAAGGUCUCUUCGGUGGAUGGUAAUGUUAUCACCACAUCAACCAUCUAUGAAAACCUAUGGAUGUCCUGUGCAACUGACUCCACCGGAGUUCACAACUGCAGGGACUUUCCUUCCUUGCUCGCUCUUAAUGGCUACAUUCAGGCCUCCCGGGCGCUGAUGAUCGCUGCCAUUGUGUUUGGGACAUUUGGGCUCGCGGCGACUCUCACAGGAAUGAAGUGCUCAAAAAUCGGGGGAGAAAACUACAUCCUGAAGGGGAGGAUUGCUGCAAUCGGAGGAGUGUUCUUUUUGCUACAGGGGUUAAGCACCAUGAUUGCUAUAUCUUGGUACGCAGCCAACAUCACACAGGAAUUCUUUGACCAGUUUUAUCCAGGGACGAAGUAUGAGAUCGGAGAGGGCCUCUACAUCGGCUGGUCCUCGGCCACACUCGCCAUCUGCGGAGGCUCAUGCCUGUUGUGUGCUUGCAAAUUCAAAACAACCGAUGACAAGAUACCGUAUCGAUACCAACAGUCCUCCAGAGCACACGCGCUGUCCACUGUGCAGACGUCUCAGACUGUGCCAAGCAACUAUGGAAGAAAUGCAUACGUCUGA